AUGAAAAAUUGUGGUGAAUGUUGUGGAUUUUCGUGUAAAGCAGCCCCCGGUUACGAUAAAGGUUUUCCUAAAAGGCUAUUGGUGGCUGUGUCAGUAGUUUUAAUAAUCGCGAUGUUCGUGACACCGGUCGACGCUCGCUCGAUCGAGCACAAGAGACGGCACCAAAGAAGACCUGAAGGAUUGACGCAACUAACCAAAGAGGAAUCAGUCAAACGGACGAGGAAUCCUAACACUGAGAGCUACAAGAACGUUACGAGAAAAAUCAAACACAAGUUAAGAAACACUAAGAGAUUCUUCGAUCAAGGCAGGAAGGUUUUAAACGAGACGAGAGAGUACAGUGAUGGUAUGCCGACCUGGCUGCCAGCGGUCAGCUUUGUUGAUAUACACUUCCACGACUAUAGAACUUCGGCAAGAGGAAGAUCGAUGACAGAACGAAAGUUCACGUACUUAAUGCCGAAACUAUACAAGACUCUGAAGGAGUACGAGGUGAUUUUCAAGAUACUAUUGAAUGUUCAACUGGAUUUCUACGACGAACCUUUCACAAACUAUAUAAUAGUACGAACUAGACUGCUUACGAACACAUUAAACAAGUUAGCCAGCACCAUCGCUGAGAUAGAAGAAAGUAUGAUAGAAGUUAACAUGCCGGUACCACGUUUCGAUGUUAACAGAAUGAAAUUAGACACUCUCGAUAGAAAAGUUGACGCGACGCAGUGCAUCAAGAAUGAUUACAUCGCGUUCAGAGGCUAUGGAAACUUCCUGAACAACUGGUAUUCAGAAUUCAGAUGUCCGUUGAGCAAGAAAGGUGAUAAGAAAUGUGCUUUCUUCCACUCAAAAAUGAAACAGAAGCUCGAUAACAAACGCGGCAAGAACAAUAGAAAUAACGUGUCAAUGAUGAGAUGA